AUGCUCUCGGCAUUCACAGCCCGCCCAAUCGUCGAACUAAAACAACGCGACAAAUCCAAGAUCGAAUCCAUCCUCGCAUAUGGAGACAGAGUAAUAGUCGGUCUAAGCACCGGCGCAUUGAGAAUAUACCGAGUCAACGAGACCGUCGAAGAAGACGACGUCCCCAACCCCCAAGACGACGCCGCAACAAGUCGAGACAGCCCGCCCGCACAAGACACUGCCUCCACGACACCCUCUCCGACCCCAGCAGUCCGACUUGCGGACCUCCUCCGCGAGGAAGAGAAGUUCUCGCGACGCCCGGUGACCCAGCUCGCUAUCAUCAAAGAAGCCAACAUCCUCGUCUCGCUAUCGGAUAACCAUGUCUCCAUCCACGACCUCCAGACCUAUGCGCUGCAAGAACGACUCGAGAAGACGAAGGGAGCCACAGCAUUUGCGGUCACAAGUAACAUUGUGAAGGAUUCCAGCACGGGCAUUCCCUCCAUCGUGAGUCGUCUGGCUGUCGCUGUGAAGCGCAAGAUCAUUCUCUGGACAUGGCAGGACAUGGAGCUGAGCGGAGAGGCGGCGGAGAUCACACUCGUCGCUACGGUCAAGAGUCUGACGUGGGCUACCGGGAAGAACAUCGUCGUCGGCAUGGACCCCGGUUUCGUGAUGGUGGACGUCGAGUCGCAGGAGGUGGCCGACAUAGUCAAACCUGGCGCAUUGGGCGAUGGUGCUGGUGGACAAGGCGGGACGCGAUUCGGCGCCGUGUCGUCUAGUGGAAUGGGGUACAUGGGCAUGGGAAGCUGGGUGCCAAAACCUCUCGCUACUCCGCUAGGAGAGGGAGAGCUGCUGCUGGCGAAAGACGUGAACAGUCUUUUCAUCGACGUCGACGGCAAUGCGAAGGAGAAGAGACAGGUGCCAUGGCCCUCGGCACCGGAAGCGAUCGCGUAUUCGUACCCUUAUAUGCUCGCUUUGCAAGCACCGGCGAAGGGAGGGCUCGAGGUCAGAAAUCCAGACACAUUGAACCUGCUGCAGACGAUCGCGCUGCCGAAUGCGGGAUUCGUGCAUGUUCCGCAGCCGAACAUCAGUCUUGCGCAUGCAGGAAAAGGAUUCUUGGUCGCGAGCGAUAGGUGCAUAUGGCGGAUGGGGGCGCAGAGCUACGAAACGCAGAUUGAUGAAUUAGUUGUUAAUGGGCGACACGACGAGGCGUUGAGUUUGCUGAACAUGCUUGAGGAUACGUUGCUAAAGGAUAAGGAGGGGAGGGUGAGGGAGAUCAUGAUGCUUAAAGCACAGACGCUUUUCGAUGCUAGGAAGUAUCGCGAGGCUAUGGAUCUUUUCACCGAGGCAAAGGCACCUCCUGAACGGGUCAUUGCUUUGUAUCCGCGGUCUAUCGCAGGGAAGCUUUCGGUGGAAGAGAGCGUGAAGGCGCCUGAGAGUGAGGCCGAUCCAGAAGAGUCGAAUGGAGAAAAGGAGGCAGAGAAGAAGCCGGACGAGAGCCAGGCGGCGCCGUCUACACCAGCAUCCACCAUAGGUCGAUCAAUGAUGGGGAGAUGGGUUGGAGGCAGCAAAAAGGCCGACACCGAUACGGCUUCGAUUAGGUCUUCAACCAAGGACGAUGCUACAGAUAGUGCAUCGAUCAGGGGGAAGGCUUCAGAAGCCUCCACUCAACCCGAGAAGCUUGAGGGUAAGGAUCUCAAGAUCGCCGUUCACUCGUUACAGUCCUUCCUCGCGCAGUGUCGAGUACAGAUCAAGCGUUUUAUCGACAUUGACGGCAACCUUAUCGAACCAUUGCCAGCGACAAGCGAGAGCCAGCAGGAGGAUUACCUGCCACCCUUCCACUAUUUCAUUCAUCAAACAUCGCCUCCCGGACAGAUCGACUGGGCAGCGCGACUGCUAGAAGUUGCUCAGCUGGUUGAUACGACGCUCUUCCGUGCCUAUAUGCUCGCGAGCCCCAGUCUUGCUGGCCCACUAUUCCGACUGCCCAACUUCUGCGAGCCGGAUGUCGUCAAUGAGAAACUGUACGAGACAGGCCGUUACGCCGACUUGAUCGACUUCCUACACGGCAAGAAACUACAUCGCCAGGCUCUAGAACUCCUGGAGAAGUUUGGGAAGAAUGAAGCCGACGAAGAGGUCACGCCCGCUCUCCAAGGACCUCAACGCACAGUUGGAUACCUUCAGCAACUCCCGCCCGAGAUGAUUGACCUGAUCCUCGAAUUCGCCGAAUGGCCAUUGCACGUGGACCCCGAGCUAGGUAUGGAAGUGUUCCUUGCCGACUCGGAGAACGCAGAGUCUCUCCCGCGGCACAAAGUCCUCGACUUCCUCCGGAAAAUCGAUCUCAAGCUCGCGGUCAAGUUCCUGGAGCACAUCAUCGAGGAGCUGAACGAUACGACGCCGGACUUCCACCAGACGCUUGUUGAUCUGUUCCUGCAGCGGCUCAAGGGUGGACACGACCAGUUUGAUAGCGAUGAGGAGCGAGCGAGUUGGAGAGAUAGGUUCCAGACGUUCUUGAAGACCAGCCAGUCGUAUAACAAGAUGCGUGUUUUCAGAGAGCUGCCUAAUAAUGAUCCCGACUACUACGAGCCCCGAGCCGUCGUUCUAAGCAAACUCGGCCAGCACAAGCAAGCACUAGAAAUCUACGUCUUCCAACUGAAAGACUACGACAAAGCCGAAGAGUAA